AUGGCGCGACGACCUCCUUCCACCAGAUCCCUUUCCAACAAUCAACGCCCUCCCUCUCGAAGAACCUCAUCUAAUUCCUCCAAUACAAACGUCUUCAGUGACGACUACGACCUGGAAAAUCCCAAUCCUUUUGCCAGUUCAAGUCCCACAGACUCGAUAGGUAGCCGCUCGGAUCGAUUAUCACUACAUCACCCUGUCGACUCCAAGUCAAAUCCUCGAGAAUACACUCCUCCUGGUCUUUCUGGAAAUGUAGCUGGUCUAGGCCAGAUAUCCGGCAUGUCUGGCGCACCCACAACCGACUCAUCCAUCAUCCCCCAACGAAAUUCCUCUACUUCGGCUCGAUCCGAAGCUGAGACACACAGAACCCUCAGCGUAUCCUCACGGUUUUCCAUUCCUCGAGCCCCCAGUCCUUACAAUGGCCCAACCGCUCCUAGUCAACCGUACGGCAUGUACCCCCAGGCCACACGUGUCUCCAGUGUUGCAAGUGAGGCAACUCUUCGUCCGGUUGAUCGACCCUUCGUACCUGGAGGUGGGCCCGAACACCCGUACGGAAUGUAUCAGCAAAAUACUGUUCCCGAGGAAGAAGAUGACUCUCAACUAAAUAUCCCCUUGGGAUUUCCCAGUCUGGGCCAAUCUUCGCAAUCUGGUUCGAAUUCUUCCGGAGACGAAGUCGGUGAUAUUGUUGGAUCGGACGGUCAUAUUGAACAAUUACCUCCUUACAGUCGAUAUGCCGACAACGUCAUUGCUAAAGGUGACAUGGCUCGGAUAAAUCCCCCUUCCGCCGAUAUCAGCGAUGCAUCUUCCUCCUCGGCCGUCGCUCCACCGGUUCCCGCAUCGUCCUCCAGUAUUGAGUUGACACCUAUUGGCCCUGACGCUCCUUCGGACGAAGUUGCAAGAAAAGAGGGUUUGACACAACCAAAGAAAAACAGGAGAAUGUGCUUUGGUAUACCGUUUUGGACCUUUGUCAUCAUUGUAGCUAUUGUCAUAGUAGCUGCUCUCUUGGGCGGAGUGAUUGGUGGAGUAGUGGGUACCAAAAAAGGCGAUCAUGGUGCGGCAACCACUACAGUAUGGCUUGAUGCCGAUCCCGCUCAAACGGAUGGAUCGACAGGAUCGUGCCCUACUGGCCAUUAUACUUUGGCCUUGAAUCAAACGGAAGAGAUUGAUACCUGCGUGGUUGACCCAAAUCUCAAAAAUGCGUGGGGCUGCAUGGACUUCGCAAAACUAGGCAUCAACAUCUUUGAGAUUCCCAAUACCGGUGACAUCCAAGUGGCCUUCGAUGACUAUUCCAUAAGGCCUCAACAAUUCAAAUAUGGCCCACAGCCUCCCGACUUCAAUGGUACGGCUUUCACCAUGGAACCCUACAUGGAUAAGGAAGACGAUGAAUUAGGGGUUGCCAUGUUCUUCAGUGUUCUUUUUGAUAAACUAAGUAUUUUGCCCGCCGAGGCUCUCACUGCCCCCAAUGAAAAGAAAAGAUCCGUUGCUGCAUCGAGACUCCGAGAAAGGACCAAUUGGGAAGAGCCAGACUGGCUGAAGAUUGGCGACCAGCCCUGGUACUGUUUCUGGAAUUCGACUGUGAGCGAAUUUUGGAUUUUCCUCGAUCAAGAUCUCGAUGAAUGGGGCCAAGCGUCUGCCACUUCCACCAUUACCUCGGGCUAUUCCAGUUCCACUGCAAGCCAGUCGUCCAUCACCUCUGGCUCAAUGGCACCAUAUCCUUCUUCAACCUCCCCUGUUUCCAAAAACAACCCGGCGCCAAGCUAUCCUACAAAUUACAAUGAAAAUGACCCUUACUGGGACGGGCAGAAACUCAAGCGACAAACCUCCCAGAUUGGCGCUCCCGAUAUCUUUCCCAAGCUAGUAAAGAUGGUGGAGAAGCGGAAACCACACAGUAAUAUUCAACCUUACUGCCAACAGAUGCAAGUUCUCAAUAACUGGCAAAUCAUGCCCAUUCCGACCGUACCGACCAUUUGUGUAACAGAGGAUGAGUAUGCUCCUGCUGCCACCGCAGGUGGCAAUAAAAGGAUGGCAAGGAGGAAACGUUCGCCAGAUUCGAUUUCUCAGCUAUCCUCGAAUUGUAUUUGCGAGUGGUUUAGCGAUUACUAA